AGCUGCUAUCAAUACUAUAAAUGCGUCUCUAGGAGGAGGAGUCACUGCGCUUAUAGCAACAUAUCUAAAAAAUAGGUCCUUUGGCGUGAGUGACACUGUCAAUGGUAUAUUAGGAGCAUUAGUUGGAGUAACAGCUGGUUCAGCUUUCUUACGUCCGUGGGAAUCUGUUGUUGUUGGAGCUUUCUGCGCACUUAUAGUCAACGAAGCAGCUCCAUUUCUCGAUAAGAUGAACAUAGAUGAUCCAGUGGGAGCAGUCGCUGUACACGGAGUCGGUGGAUUUUUAGGAAUGGCUGCUGUUGGACUGUUUGUGGAAGCGGAUCCCUUACUGAACAUGACGAAAGGUUUAAAUGGUUUGUUCAAAGGGGGUGGAUUUUAUUUCUUGUUGGUGCAACUUUUCUCGUGUCUUUGUACAGCAGCAUGGAGCAUGUCUACGACUUUUCUUAUCUUGAAA